AUGUACUCGUCGGAGACUCGUGUGUGGAGCGACCUCACCUCAGCUCAUCACCCCAAUAUCACCAAGUAUACCUUUAACCGUGGUUCGCCAAGCGUCCUUGUGGGUGAUGCACUCUACUUUGACUUGGAUGGCAUUAUCGAGUGCCAACUUGGUACUCUAAACUUGUCAAUGUUUGAGAGGCCGACCGAUGCCAAAGGGCGUCUUAUGACGGUGGAAGACGGCGGGCUGGGAUUCGCUGCCGUGGUUGAUGUUACAAAUCUAGCCAUUUGGUCAAUGCAGACCGGACCAGAGGGAGCCAUGGGAUGGGGAAAACUCAGGGUAAUCGAUCUUACGACGCUGCUCCCUGACACGGCCCUUUCCAUCCCAGCACCUGAAGAUGGAAUUAGUGGCAUCGCCGAAGGCACCCAAAUCAUUUUUGUGAGCAUGUGUGAUCGUAAUGGUACUUAUAUGGUCGAUCUCAAGUCAAGGCGAGUUAGGAAGGUAUCUGAUCCUGGCAGAAAAGUCUUUCCCUACAUGAGAUUCUACAUCCCAGCAAUGGAAGCAGCUUCUAUGGGCCAGGGGCAGUGA